UAUAAUCUAUCCAUUCUUAUUUGUCCCACAGAAAUGAGCAGAGACCUGACAUCCCCACCCUCAUUUCUUGCACUCCCCAUCUAUAUACCCCUUUCUGUUGGCAAUGCUACAAUCCAUAUUGGCCAGAAUCUAGGCGCAUUGUGUGUAUCCUAUAGAAACCUAAUCUGACACUUUCUGUUUUUCUUCCCCUUGGUAGGAUAAUUAAAUUUAAAAUGCACAAAAUGGUUAUCGACGCAGUAAAAUGGUGCUUUACGCCACAUAAAACGGAUGACGUCGAUGAAGCACUUGAUGAAGUUCUAACUGGGGAAGACUUGCUGAAGAUGUUAAAAGUACAAGAUGAAGGCAGCAGUGAAAAAGGCAGUGAUCGAAGUGGCAGUGAUGAAAGUGAAAGUGCAAGUGGCAGUAGUGAAUCUGGCAGUAAUGCCAGUAAUAGUAGCACUAGUGGCAGUGAUGAAAGUGGCAGUAAUGCCAGUAAUAGUAGCACUAGUGGCAGUGAUGAAAGUGGCAGUAAUGCCAGUAAUAGUAGCACUAGUGGCAGUGAUGAAAGUGGCAGUAAUGCCAGUAAUAGUAGCACUAGUGGCAGUGAUGAAAGUGGCAGUAAUGCCAGUAAUAGUAGCACUAGUGGCAGUGAUGAAAGUGGCAGUAAUGCCAGUAAUAGUAGCACUAGUGGCAGUGAAUAAACGUGACAGCAGUGAAGAUGAGGAGGACUUUGCAACUGCCUUCUUGUUAUUUUCCUUCCUUAGAAGAAUUUGUCACUGUGCGACGUCAUUGGACUUUACAAAUACAUAGUGCUAGAAUGCCGCAAGAUGACCCUCAUGUUCUCUAUUCAUAUUCAUGUCAAUAAAAUUUACCAAUAACUAUAAA